AAUUCAAUUUUCAAAACUUUGACAUAUUUGAUAUUGCUUGUGCCUCAAGAUGUUUCGAAAUUCUAGUAUUCUUUUCAAGCGCUUUGUAAGCUUCAAUUUACAAAGAUACCAUGGAUGUGUUUCAAAUGAGCAUAUCAAAGUCACACUUAUAGGAGGAAUGGGUAGUACCGGCCAACCACUGGCUAUGUUACUGAAACAAUCUCCACUCAUAGAUGAGCUCUGUAUUUAUGAUGUAAGGGCAUGUAAGGGCUUUGUCCACGAGCUGAAUCACAUUGAUAGCAGAUGCACAGUUACCGGAUAUUGUGGGAAAUGCCACCUUGGAAAAGCUUUACAUAAUUCAAGAAUAAUCGUUAUGUUGAUGUCUGUUACUAAAGGAAGCAUUCAAAAUUAUUCUGCUCAAUUUGAACAAAAUGCCCCGUUGGUACAAACCAUUACAGAAUUCAUAGGACAUUGUGCUCCCAAGGCCCUGAUAGCUGUUGGUACAAAUCCUGUGAAUUCCAUGGUUCCUCUGGUCAGUGAGGUAAUGAAAAGGAAAGGGGCUUAUAGUCCCAACAAUAUCUUUGGCGUGACAACCGUAAAUUCUGUGAGAGCAAAUACAUUGGCCGCAGCUGCUCUAGGACUCGACGCUGAAUGCGUUAUUGUACCUGUGGUAGGAGGUCACACUGAGACCACGAUGAUUCCUGUCUUAUCCAAAACAAAACCAUGUUCGGAAUUUACACCCGAAAUCGUUGAAAAAAUAACGAGAACUGUGAGGUACGGAAUGAUAAAUGUGGCCAAGUUGAAAACAAACUGUGCAGAUUCGCUCGCCGGUGCCUUCGCAUUCGCCAGAUUUAUUAUUUCGUUGGUGAAAGGUUUAAGGGGGUAUCAAGGAAUCGUUGAAUGUUCCUACGUCAGAUCUAAGGUACAUCCCCAAUUGAAAUAUUUGUCUAAUCCUCUUCUCCUUGGACCAGCUGGGGUAAUGCGAAAUUUGGGAAUUCCCAAGCUGAACGAUUAUGAGAAUUGUCUUUUUGACAAUAUGAUUCCGAUCCUAAUAAACGAUAUUCAGAGGGGCGAGAAGUUUCUGGGAGUCUACGAUCCACCGAUUUGCAACUUGUGCGAUGAUAAAGCCCUUCCCGAAAGAUGCCCCAAUUCUGUUUGUACAAGAAAUCCACCUUGUUGAAGACCAUCAUCAAUAGUUUAAUCAUACACCACUGGGAUUGAGAGAAAAUAAUUGUAUGUACAAUACGAGUAAACAGAAAUGGAACAAAAUUUUCCAAUCUGAAUAGUUAGCCAGUAGGCUUUUUUUUUAUUGGUAGAUACGCUAAUUUACUAAAGCUAAAACACGAAAAAGAGAGAACCUCGGGUUUUGAAAAAAUUAAAAAGGUAGGUAAUCUUUGGAAUAUUUUUAAUUAGCAUACACAUCAAUAACAAAAUUUAAGAAUCUCAUCACACAACAUGCUGAAUGAAGAAUGGAAAAGGUAAAUGUUUGUUGGUACCAUUAUUAGUCCAAAAAUAUUUCUAUUGACAUAUAUGUUAAUUCUAAAAUAAGUUAAUUGGGUACAACCUCUAUACUUUGCAUUAAAUAAAUGCUCCCUUUACAUAAGUACUCAUUUAUGUCAAUGGCACGCACAUAGGGGUUAAACGAAAUUAUGUCUUGAGACUGUGCCAAAAUUAAUGCUAAGCUAUCUACUCAUCGAUAAACACUUGUAUAAUUAAAUACGUCAAGAUUAUACCAGUGUCUACUCGUAAAUCUAUUGCAUCAAAUUAAAUUCCACGAAAAAAACCACUAAUUCUAUGCAAAGUAUAGCUUGUAAAUAUGUUGCAAACUUUGUUGCAUGAGAUACGGCGCUGCUUGCCAAAUCAUCCCCAUUUCCAAAUGUUCCCAUUGAAUAAAAAUAAAACAAUCCGAAUAAAGAAAGCUUACAGAUUCAGUAAUUUGAAGUUUCUAUAAACAUGCAAAUUAAAAAAAAAAAAACCCGAAACAGAAUUUUCCUCAAAAGAUUACAGGUUUUUUCCUCGAUAACAUGUAUUAAUGUUUUUUGCAAUAUGAUUAAAAAAUAAAUAAUUUUCACUGAAAUAGUAAGGACCUCUCUGUACCGAAACAAUAUCUUGAGUACCUCCUGUACCAAAGCAUUGAAUGUCAACUAUAUAUAUGUAUGUAGAUAUAUAAAAAAAAUUAUUAAAAUAGACUCCACCCAAAAAAAAAACCACGACGAGAAAGCAUAUCUUAAAACGAAGAAAGGAA